AUGUCGCCGUGUCGAGCGUUGGCCUGUGUCGCCGCUUUAGUGGCUGUAUGUUGCGCACCAGGAUCAGUUGAGUCCCUGGACAUCACUCGACUUUAUGGACACCAUAACUUGAAUAAGCGAUCCGAAUAUUGUCAUCCAUAUGAGCCUUUCAAGUGUCCAGUCGAUGGUAACUGCAUCUCCAUCCAGUACCUCUGUGACGGAGCUCCCGAUUGCAUUGAUGGCUACGAUGAAGACUCCAAGCUUUGCACAGCAGCUAAACGACCUCCUGUUGAAGAAACGGCAUCCUUUCUACAGUCGCUGAUAGCUUCUCACGGACCCAAUUAUUUGGAAAAGCUAUUUGGAAGCAAGGCAAGGGAUGCCCUGGAACCGCUUGGAGGCGUGGAAAAAGUGGCAAUCGCUUUAUCUGAAUCGCAAACCAUUGAAGACUUCGGCGCGGCUUUGCAUUUGAUGAGGUCUGAUCUCGAACACCUCCGCUCUGUCUUCAUGGCAGUCGAGAACGGUGAUCUCGGCAUGUUGAAAUCCCUCGGCAUCAAGGACAACGAACUCGGCGACGUCAAAUUUUUCCUGGAGAAGCUGGUCAACACCGGUUUUCUCGACUGAAUAGCGCCGGAGUCGGCCUCUGACUAUUACCACGUCGUCCAAUUUGGUCCCAUCAGCUCCUCGUUCUACAGCUAUCUACCCUACGAUUCUUUUAAGUAUAAGAGAAAUUAAAAUUUCCCUGCCUACGCCCGUGAGAAUGAAGUGUGUAUGAAAUUUCUUCGUCGAGAGGCCCUUGUUCGUAAUCGGAAUCGUUUUCUGCAUCCGGCCACGUGACAUCGAUUCAACUCGAACGAAUGUCUCUCGAUUUUGAUUAAAUAUCUUGAAUAUUGACUGCGUGUCACGCUCUUCUUCAAUACAUUCUACAAUUAGAUAGUCCGUAUUGAUUAAUUUUCGAAUAACACUAGGCUAAGUAAGUAUAUAUACUUAUAUAUUUUGUAAUCGUUUAUUAUUUGAUCAGUUUAUGAAACUGAAUAUUUUUAAGUUACGAUCGGGGAAAUACUCGCGUCUUUAUAAUGAAAGUGCUAAAAAUAAUAACACUAAAAUGUAACUCGCUAUUUCCAUCUGAAGAUUGAGUAAAACUAUGUCGGUAUAAGAUACUGAGUCGGUAGAAAAAUAUAAAUAUAAAAAGCACUAUUCAUGACCCUGGUCGUAACUUUUAUUAGGUUACGUUUGAGUGAAUGAAUGUCGCCCUUAAAAAACCUAAUGCUUAUAAUCCCAAAAACGAUGUCAGAGGCGACUCCAUUGAAACGGCUAUGUCCAAUGAUGAAAUUAAAAAAAAAAACAUCAAAAAUAUUCUUUUCUUAGGUAAAUAUAGAAAAUAUAAGAAAAGUAAGGAAUGCAUGCGCUUUGUAUCUGGCUUUUGGAAAAUAUUCCAAAGUAGGACCACGAUAACAUAUCAUUGUAACUUAGAACUAUUUAAUAUAAUAUGAUAGAUAACAAUCAGUAGUGGAUAAAGUACAAUUAUUUUAAUAUGAUCGGUAUUGUAGUGUUUAUGAAACAUUUUUAGAUCUUUUUAGCGAGUAGUGGAGUAACGAUACAUAUCAUGCAUCGAUGGUGCUCCAUUGAAACAUACAUAUCAAAAUUAUGUGAUUAAAUAAAUGUUAGAAAGCAAAUGUUAUUUAAUAAAAUUAGUAUAUACGUAGUUGAAAACAAAUCAUAACUUUCUUAAUAUCUUUAUAGCUACGGUCGUUUUGAAAUUCGAAUCAAUUCCAACUUUUGUCUUUUUAGAAACUUUUGUCAAAUGCGGGCUACAAAGACAACGAAGUUGCUAUACGUGUUGAGUGUAGGUUUAAGAUCUGGCAGUUAACGAUAAAAAUAUAGUAUUUAAAGAGUAUUGUGAAAAUCGUAAAAGAUAUUAUGAUAUUUUAUAAAAUCACGAAAUACUAAUUCACAUGGAUUCGGAACAACAUCGAAAAAAGAUUAAAAAAUUAUUUAGCAAUUGAUGAAUUUGAUUGUUGAUCAAUAAGUUUGUCUAGUCUACCUACACGACUAUUUGACGGAUUUCAUUUGUCUCGUGAGCACAGGUACGUAAUUUAUUAAGAUCAGGAAGGACUCGAAAACUUGAAAGACAAAAUACAAGCUCGCCUGGAUUUGUCAGAAGUUAUCUGAUAUUUUACAAUUCCUACUUUAGGUAUCACGUAGGAUAUGAAUUAGUAGCUACAUGAUAAACAUUAAUAAGUAGCAAAAGAAAAUUUAAGGGUAAAAGAUUAUAUUUAACUUGCGUCAGAUCACUAUAUACCUAUAGUUUUAAGAACGGUGUUGUCUAUAUAAAACUUUUAACUCCAUUAGUUAAUGUGUUUUGAUCUAUGUAUAUGGCUUAUCUGUUCUGAAAAGACAAAUAAAUAAAUGAAUCAUCAA